ACAACACAGCAGCAGCAGCAGAAGGCCGCGGGGAUGCAGCACAGGACAGAGCAGAAGCCACAAUGAGCGAUAUGUCGUGAUCUAGCUGCGUCGAUGGACGACUCCUCCAAGAACCUGCGGAAAUGCCUGGCUGGCGGCAAGAAGGCAGUCGACGAUGACAGGAACACCCAAGAUGGAGGCCACGAUCCGCCAGCAGACUCCCUCGGCCGCGGCAGCGCGACGAAAGAGCAGAUAGGCGUCCCCUCUACUUGCUUGCCCAUCGCCCCUCACACAGCGCAGCAUGCCAGCAGUGCGUCCUCGGCUGGGAAGGCCAGCCAUGGCGGCAAGGGAGGCAACGAGAGGAGGGACGCACCGUCUGCAGACAGUGAUGUCAUCCAGAGGCCACAUGCAGCUCCUGUCAAGGUGCGUACACACACACACACACACACACACCACACACGAGAACGCUCGUGUUUGGUUUGUGUGUGUGUGUGUGGAUACCCAAGCUCUCUCUGCGUCAGGAGCCUCUCGUAGAUGCUGGCGGCGUCAGCAAGGGGCAGUGCAAUCGCAAGCCCGUUCGUGAUGAGCAUUUCAACAUCGUCCCUCCCAUCCACCCCGACGAGGCAGCACGGAUGGUGUCAGAGGUCGCCGAGCAGUCGCGUGCAUCGCUUUCUCGGCCUGGUGGCGACUGGAUGGGGGAGGUUGGUGCCGGCCUCAAGCAGCGCAUGCCCCAUCACCGGUUCUUCUGCGUGCGCUUUCGGAGCGAUACAUACGCAGUAUCCGCUGCCUCAUGUUCGGCGUACACACACGAGGUAAGGAAGCACACAAAUCAUUCGCACACACUUGGUCAUGGCUUCUCUGCAUGUACCGCCGUGCAGCCCCUCUGUGUGUGUUUGGCCGACGGGCGUGAGGCCGGCGACCCCUCCGCACCGACAUCGGUGUCCCCAGAGGAGAAUGGGCACUUCGUGACGGCGGUCCGCAUGACGUUGAAGCAGGCGCGCGAGAAGGGGCGGAGCCACGAAAAGGACGAGCGUCUCGUCGCCAUUGACAUGAAAGGACUCGCGGAGAAGGUGCUGAACCAGCUGAUCGAUCGCAGAGUGGUGGUCGGCGGUCACCCCAAGACCAUCGUCCUGCUGUCAGCCGAGCAGCCACUGCCCUCGGACUGGCCUCAUGACGGAUCUGCCAGCGCGGUGUCGGCCAAGUGGACUCGGGGAGCGGACACUCCCCCCCUGUGGUUCUACUUGAUCAGAUGGAACCCCCUCAGCAGCACCACCGACAGCAGCGCGUCUUUUGUGACGGCGGACGUGCAGGCAGCCAACACCAUAGCCCUUCCCCCGCCCCGAGUCGCUGGUCAGGUGCCUGCUGUUGACGGCGCCAAGAACCGUAGACGCGUAGACAUCAGCCCUGCUGCUGCUGGUGGUGGUGGUGCUGCUGGUGGUGGUGGACAUAGCGGAGGUACGCAAACCAUCGGCUGCUGUUGGUGGACUGCGUAUCCUCAUGAGCGUCUUGUGCUGUGUGUACCUGCAGGUGGGUCGAUUGGUGCGGCAGCGAUACAGCAGCAGCAUCAGGGUGGCGGCAGCUCACAGUCGGCAGAACUGACGGCCCCCACCGUCAUGCAACACACCCAUCAGCAACAGCAGCAGCAGCAUCUCAAGCGGGUGAACCCGAACAGCCAGGAGAUGAAGGCCAUGGUUCGGGCGAUGCGGGAGAUGUACGCGCACGAUCAGCUGGUGGCAGAAGAUCAGCGCAGGGCCGUGCAUCUCAAAGAGGACCACCAGCUCCUUUCCCAGCUGCCGACUCCGUGCUUCCCCGACCCCUCCCUCCUGGGCGGUGUGCUCUUCCGCCACGCCCUGCAGGCGUGUGUGGUGCACGGUGCGGCCGGGUCGCUCGAGGCGCUGCUGAGGGAGACGCUCGUCAAGCCGACCGAGAAGGACAAGGGGAGGCUGGCUGUGGGUGAGGUGCGGACCAAGAAGGACAGGAAGGUGCUCCGGUGGAGUGACCUGUCGUUGGGUACUCUCGAUCUCGUCACUGAAGGUCCGCAGACAGACAGACAGACAGGCAGACAGAUGGACGGCUCGGCACUUUGUGCACGUUGGUGCUGUUCAUGCCUGUGUGUUCAGAUUAUGUGCCGUCCCCUCUAGUCGUACAGGCGGCCGUGGCCAACGCACCCAUACAGAUCAUGCGGGUACGCCCUGAGCCCGUCGUGCUGCUUACGUGUAAGGAUACCUCCGUGUGUCUGUGUGCUAUGCAGACGUUGCUGGCGUUCAAUGCCGAUGUGAAUGUGCGAGGGUAUGCCGGCCACAGAAAGGAGAUUGACGGCAAGCUCAGCUACAACACAUCCGCCAUCGGUAAGCGGCCAGGGAAGAUACUGCUGAAACACAGCCUCAUUGCAUUGCCUUCCGUGUGUGUGUGCAGGUGCGGCUGCAUUCUGGCACCGUCCUGAUCUCCUUCGUUUCCUCCUUUGUGAGGCAAGAGCCGACCCCAAGGUCCCGUUAGACGUGACGUUUGAGGACCCUCUACGACACGGUAUGUACCACAGACCCCACCUGUCGAUGCGUGACGUUCCGCCUUUCCUUUCCUCUCCCCUCCAUCCUUGUCAGGCCCCCCCAUCAUUACUUCUCAUGACUUGCUUGAGCUGGUGUGCAUUGGCCAGCCGGAGGCGCAACAGCAGGCGCAACAGCGGCAGGCCCUGGCCACCAUCGAGGUGCUCGAUGCGGAGGGGCUGAUCAAGCACGGCGAAAGCGGCAGCGGCAUCUUCGACAUCAACUGCAGGAACUCAUAUGUCGCCAUAUAUGGCGACACGUCUCUGCACCUUGCUGCCAUCCACGGCUGGUCCAGCCUGGUCGAGUGGCUGCUCGAGAAUGGGGCGGUCCCUGGCGCUGUCAACGAGUUCAACGAAACGCCUCUCGACGCCGCACGAAGACGCGGCCGGAAGGUCAGCUGAAGGAAUGGCAUCCAAUGAGCCGUCACAGUGAGUGAUUCCGCCCUGUUGUGUUUCGCAGGAGUGCGAGGCCGUGCUGCUGAAGCAUCUCACGGCCCAAUCGGUGCAGACGGCCACCAGCACUGCUGCAAGAGCUAGCACGGGAGCGCCUUGCAUCCCCACGGCAAGCGAAGACACCUGCCCACACGCAUAUGCCAUGGGCACCCAGACACACACACCACACCGUUAUCUGUGGAUGGAUGGAUGGAUGCAGGCAGCUGCUGCUGGUGCGAUGGAGGAGGGCGGCAGUUUCGACUCGCCACCAGCGGCCGCGGCACACGAGAAGAAGAGGCAGGAGCUGCGCGAGGGCAUAAUGCGGAUGAGGGCCACGGCGAGAGCGAUCCGGGAGGCGUGCUUUUACGACCUGCUGACGCCAGAGGGGCGGCGCAAGCCCGUCGAUCUCAAGGAGGACCUCUCGCUUCUGUCGUCGCUGCCCACUCCCAUGGUCUCGUACAAGAACGGCUUCGUGCUGAAGCAGGCCCUGCAGUCAUGCGUCUGGUACGGCUCGGCUGGGUCGCUCGACACACUGCUGCAGGGCAACUUCAUCAAGCCGACGGAGGAGAGAGGCGACGGGGGGCUGUCGGUGGGGCAGGUGCGGGCGAAGGACGGGGAGGUUUUCAACUGGCGAGACCUCUCGCCUGCCAGCAUCGAGCCCUCAGAGGGCGAGAUGGACGAGCCUGAAGAUGUCAACGGUAAGUGAGCAAGCAGACCAAGAUCGGGUGAUAUAUCAUCUGACUAUGCCUGGAUGGCAUCAGGUCAUGUGCGGAAGCCGUUGUUGAUCCAGGCCAUGACGCCUAGCUUCUCGGAUGACGCCACCGUGCUACGGAUCGUCAAGGUACGCCAGUCGAGAGGCCACAUGAGAUCACCUAGCCGCCUCUCAUGCGUCCGUCUGUGUGCCUGUCUGCCUCUGUGCAGUCGCUGGUCGAGUACAAUGCCGACGUCAACGAAAUCGGCCCGGUGGCUGUGAACACCGUGACCAAAGAAGCACGGAUGACUUCAUCGGCUAGCGGUGAGUGUCGAGAGGCAGGACAGGGCAGGAUGAGAAAUGCCGGAUAGAAACAAGUUUGACUUGGUGUCUUCAGGUGCUGCUUCCAUGUACCACUUGCCUGAGGUCCUCGACUACCUUCUCCGCCUACCGCAUGCCGACCCGUCAGUCCUCUCUGGGGGGGACGUCCUUCCGGGCUUGAACCUACUUCAGCUAGCCUGCCUUGGGCCUCCACUUUUGUUGGUGCCAGGGAGCCAAGAUACCGACGGUGAGUGGGUAACUAAUCAAGAGCUUGCACCCAACUCCUUCGCGCUGACGCUCUUGUGUGUUGUGACAGCUUCCCGGUCCCCUCCUGAGCCCAUGGUGCACAGCAAGAGCCACAAGAAGGCCGCCAGCAAGGGCAGACGGGCCGGCAACGUUGGCCUUGCAGAAGAGGCGAGACAACAGGCGGCCGGCGGCACGGCGGCGGAGGAGGCAGAGCAGAAGAAGAAGGCCCGGCAGUCGCGUGCAGUGGCCACCCUGGAGGUGAUCGAACGCCACGGCCUGACGCGCAGCACACAGGCCGAGGCCAAAGGAGGGCGUUGCAAGAGUCCCGUCCUCAGUCUGCACUGCCGUCGCCAACUGCAAUGCCCGUCCUCAGGGGGCUGGUCUCUGCUGCAUUUGGCGGCUGCCAAUGAGCGGUCCGAAAUUGUCAAGUGGCUGCUGGAGAGGGAAGUGCACGCUGAGGCCGUCGACAGGAAGAACCAGACACCCCUCGACCUCGCGCGCCGAUUGGGCCGGAAGGUCAGCGGAGAUGAGGAAGGCGGACCAACGUCAGCCGCUUCAUUUGUUUGGUGUGUUCAGUCGUGCGUGGAUGUGCUGAUGGCUCAUGUGGAGGCCCGUCGGAAGGCGGCGGCUGAUGACCGGCUGCGAGAGGAGGAGAUGGCCCGCAAGAAGGACGAGAAGGCUGCCAGAAAGCGCGAGCAGAAGCGUCUCAAGGUGCCCUUCCCAUGCACCGCUGCACACAUGGAUACUGCAUCUGUGUGUCAUUUUGCCUUCAGCGUUUGGCGGCAGCGGCUCAGCAGGCCGAGGCAGCGGCAGAUGGCGAGAGGGAGGAGGCAGACGACACACAGCACGAGACUGAAGAAGUAGAUCAUGUGACGGAUGAGCCCGCUGCGCCGAGCUGCCCGCCAGACACACACAAUGACAGGUGCAGACAGCCACCGACACUUUCACCCAGUAGCCCCCAUCUGUUGUCCUUCUGUGUGUGGUGCACAGUGUCGAGCCGGCCUUCUCUGACGCCCCGAGUGGCCGCCACCAGCGGCAACAUGUCCUCAGCCAGGAGCCUCCAGCUGAUGUCGGCCCUUCGCCAUUCGCUUCUCUCCCUCUCUCUCCUGCUCAGAGCGCACCGGCAAGCCACUUGUUUGCUGCCCAGCGUCCGUCCAGCUCAUCGUGAGGCUCACACAAAGACCGCUCACAGCACACCGAGUGACUCAGUUGAUGGGGCCCUGUCUGUUGUGUGUCAUCCAUCCAUCGAUCCAUCCAUCAGGUCCUCACUGUUCGACCCGCCGGCAUCAUCGACGGCCAGCACUACACCCGCCGACCGGCCAUCCACUUCACAGUCGUCAAGCCGACAGGACCAGUAGGGCAACGUAGAGCCGGUACUGUGUGGCCUGAAUUGACAAUGUGGCUGGUGUUUGUGUAGGUUCCAACCGGCAAACGUGAUGGCUCAGCUGCGGGCGGGCCUGACCGACGGCAUAGCCAAGAAGGAGAGGUCAGAAAACACAGCAACACGGCUGUCGAUCGCUUGAUACCCGCCCCGGCCUCUGUGUGUCAUGGUGUGUGUGCAGCCAGUUGGGCGGAGCCAAGAAGGGGAGGAAGAAAAAGAGAGGUGCCGUCGCGGGGAGCUUGUAAGUACAUGCCAGGAUGCACAUAGGUGACAGACACACACCCGUCUGUGUCUUGGCUUCCCUGCAGGUCUGGCUUUGGUCCUGAGAUGGGCCCUUGCCCUGACACGUAAGUAGCGAUCGAUGCUUGCUUGCGCCACGUCACGUAAAUCAGCAGCGACUGUGUUUCCCUUAUCUGCAGCCUUGAGGAUGAGAUCGAUGCCAUGCCGUCAUCUUCGUCUAGCGCUCUUCCACCGCCUGCACGGAGGUCGGCACACACACGGACACAGAUAUGGAAGAGGCCGCAUCGCCAUGCGUCUCCUUGUCUGAUGUGUGUGGGUGCAGUGUUGCUGCGGAUGACGAGGACCGUGACCAGCAGGAGGCGAUUGCCGCGUCGCUGCAGUCGGCUGCGGAGGCCAUCAAGAGGGACGCCAUCUCAGCUCACAAGCAGAAGAAAGAGUAAGCACAGACGAUGACCACACGAAUACUCGCGAAAGGCAUAAACGCCUGUUUGGCUGUGUGUAUGCGGCAGGUUGAAAGUGAGGUUGCGGGCUGAGACGAACAUGGCCGAGGCGUCAAAAUCCCACGAGCAGCGCCUGACUGAAGAAAACGACAGACUCAAGAUGGCCAACCCCACGUUCGCCCUGGGGUUGCCCGCUCAUCCAUCCAUUGUCACCCUUCCAUGUGUGUGUCCAUCCUGCUGCAGGCUGACCGACGACGAGCUGUCCCGCAGGGCCUCUGCCGAUGACGUGAAGCACUUCCAGGAGACCAUCGACGGCCGCUACAACGAGCUGCAUGCGCUCGUCCUCUCGAGUACCGACCGGCUGCUGCAUCUCGCCAAUAACACUGCUGAUGCGUCAUCAUCAUCGGAGGAGCCGGCCCCCGACACACAUGACGGGUCUUGCUUGCCCCAGGAGGCCCCCUCGCCGACCAGCCCUCCAUCUGCUGCGGCAGGCGAGUCCAUAGAGUGGCUGGAGGAGCUGGAGGGCAGCGACCUCGAGAUCCCCCAGAUGUGUGUGGUGGCGUCCAAGCAGCUGGAGGAAAUCGACCAGGACAUCGCCAAGUGAGAAAACACAGAGAGAGAAGACAACCAGAGGUGGAUUGCGUGACGCAUCUGUUGCCGCCUGCCGCUGCUGCAGCUUGGUGGAUGAGGUCGGCCAGGCUGCCACCUGCCGCGAGGCGUCCGACGCCCGUGUGCAGGGCCUCAUCGAGCAGAACGAGGAGCUCAAACGACGCGACAAGGAGCGGUAAGGCACACCACACCCACAGCCAUCCUUGCCACCUCAUCUCUCCAUCUGUCUGCCCUGUUCUGUCUGUCAGGCUGACCCGAGAGAAGCUGGGCACCCUCAAGUCGGUCGAGGACGUCAGGAGCUUCCAUGAUGCGGCCCUGCAGGAGAGCCAGCGUCUCAAGGCGCUGCUUAGCCGCUCAUACGACCACCAGAGGCGGCUCGAGAGUGAGGACUUCCAGCGUGACGUGGGGCGGCGCAUUGCGGCCGAGCGCGAGGCGCGCGAGAAGGAGGCGGCUGAGCAGCUGAAGCGGCAGGAGGAGGCGACGGCCAAGAAGAUCGCUGAGAUGCAGCAGCAGCUCGAUGAGGAGAGGGGCAAGCCCAAGCAGAGCAUCACAUCCUGCGUGGUGUGUCAUGAGGAGCCCAAUGUCGUGGUUAUGAUGCCCUGUCGACAUCAGUGCCUCUGCACAGGUGGCUGGGUGGGUGGGCUAGUGAGCGUCCCACCAGCCGCUGUGUAUCACGGAUUGGUGGUCGCGUGUGGGCAUUCAGGUUGUUUCGAGAAUCUCAAGACGCAGCACCACAGGCGCAAGAAGGUGCCGUGUCCCAUCUGUCGCGCUCAGUGCGAUAAGGAGCGAUCGGGGCGCGUGUAUGACACGGGCCACUGUGACGACGACUGAAUGACGUAGUGGCGUAGACGGUCAGACAGCCCGACCGUGGAUCGGAUCAGUAGCUCUCAUGCGCCGAUGGCGCCAACCACUCAUGUGCUCAUGGAUUGAUUGUGUGUAUACGUAUCUAUCUAUUUGUAUGUAUUCAUAUGGGAUUUAUCGCGGGGACUUGAGUCAUGAGAUGGUCGUGUCUGCCUCGAUGGCAGGCAGCCAUGGACGUCUUCAUGCAUCCUCUGCGUUGUGCACCAGCGCAGCCAGUGGCAUGCAUCGAAAUCGCCACGACAUGCAAUUAUGUAUUUGUGUCCGUCCAUGUGUUGCCGUCGGUCGGUGUGUGACUAGUGAACUUUUAUACAGCCACUACGGGGGUCGUCAUGGAUUCGAAAAUAUGUACGCAAGAUUAAUCCAAAUGAAUUCGAAGCGCAUGCAUGCGACGACGGGCGAGUGUGCGGAUGGCUCUGUCCUUUGCGGCGAGUGUGUUGCCUUGUCGUUCAUUCAUGCGUCCGUAUACUCAAAUGCAAAUGGCUGAUUCCACCCAACCACCCUGCUGGCUCCAC